AUGCCUGGGCCCAGCACACCACCACCACCAACUCCCAGCGACCAUCGACACGAACACCAAAAAGAGAAGAUGCGUUGGAAACAGUUCUCAUUGGCGACGAUCGGCCUAUCCGCAUCAUCAUGGCUUGCAAGUGUCUCAUCAGACCAAGUCGUCCUCGAUCUCCCCCAAUUCGCUGUCCCAUCCAGCCUCCCAGCCCGGGUGACAAACUACCUACGGACGAUCGAUAUCUCGGGCACGAUCACUCGAGAACAGCUCAUCCUGCAUCUCAGACGGACUCAACAUGAUAGCAUGAAUUGGUAUCUUCCAGUCGAACCUCAUCGGGCCGCCAAUCUGAGCUCCAUGGAAAUCUAUGAGGGCAAGGCUAACAAAACCGGCGGACCUGGUAAUCGGGGACUGAAGAUCGAACCAAUGGGUUACGAUUCAGGAAAAGAAAUUCACGUGAUUGAAGUGGAAUGGCCACACCCAGACAAUGACGAAGCGGUGAUCACUAUUAACUCCCAUUUCCUCGGUCUGACCUCUCCUAGACCGAAAUACCUGGCACAGGAUGAAGGGGCCAAACAGGGGCUCUAUUGGGAAGGCGAUCUCCUGGCUGGAUUCGGAGCUCUCAAAGGUACUCUGACCGAUGACGCCCAGGUGAAGAUCAAGGUGAAGACACCAACGCCGAGGGUCUUCCAAAAACACGCCCCUUCUGGCUUUGAUGUACAGCAAACCAGUGGAUCGAAUCAAGUGACAUUCACAAGUAAAAUCAAUGGCGCAAAACUCUCAGAUGAACCUCAAGUAGCACAUGUACAUUACUUCCAACCCUUCCCGUUGAUGGUCAUUGGAAAUCUAACAAGGCUGGUUGAAGUCAGUCAUUGGGGAAACAACGUGGCCAUCGAAGACCAGAUUCAUUUAGAAAACCGCGGCCCCACACUGAAAGGAUCUUUCUCAAGAGUGGUACAUCACAAUGCGAUCUAUUCUCGAGCUCCCGGUGCUACUGCUCACAUCCUGACAGGACUGACACUUGAGCUACCACAAGGGGCGAUGAACCCAUACUACAUUGACACGAUCGGCAAUGUCUCCACCUCUCGUUUCCGACCCUCGAUGCCAUCAACCGCAACGAUCGGCAAAAAUCAACCGAAAUUCAAGAAGAUCAAGGAAGCUAAAUCGAGCAAGCUUGAACUUACCCCUCGCUAUCCGAUUGCAGGUGGUUGGAAUUACACUUUCACAGUCGGCUAUAACCUUGAGGCUGGAAGACUCUUGAAAAUCCACGAACCCGGGCAAUAUAUCUUGAAAGUUCCCUUCUUCACUAACGCCCUCGACGUACCAAUCGAUCUGGCUAAUCUUAGAGUCAGACUACCUGAGGGUGCCUUCAAUAUCGAGGUUUACACUCCCUUUCCAGUUACAGAGUUGCAAGACGAUCUGAUCGAUAAGACUUAUCUAGAUACCACAGGUCGCCCAACAAUUUCAAUCAAGAAACUUAGGUGCACGGAGAAACACGCCGAGGAUAUCUACAUUACUUACUUUAGACCACCGAUCAUUAGUUUACAAAAACCAUUGGCAAUCGCCGGAUGGAUGAUGGCCCUCUUUGUAAUCGCUGCUGGGUUCAGAAGAUUUGAAUGGAAAAUCGGCCAUCAUUAAAUUUAUAUCAUUAGCACCUCUUCUCUCCUCUCUUCUCUCUUUUUCUUCGUUGUUAUUUUUCCUCUAGAUUUCUGUGACGAUGCAAAAAAAAAAGAUCACCAACAAUAACAAAACAAAUCCUAAAUUGAACAAAUUCAGUUCUUAUCUUGAAGAUAUGGACUAUACAAGGCGACACAAAAUACGAAAUAACA